AUGACGAAUCCGCAUCGAGGCGAAGUCGAGGAAAGUCGUGAAGGGGAGGUUCGCGAGCGAUUUUCAACCACCUCGUCCGGUGGAGUGGGACUCGCGGAGUGGUCAAAACGCCAUCGACAGGAAAUACGGGGGGGAAUCAGUCAAGACGGCGUCGAGGACCUCCUUGGUUUGGCGAGAAACGAUCUCAAUGACGGUGAGGAUUACUUCAGAUUGAGCAGACUGGUGGUAGUAGAGUAUGAGACGUCGCGAGAGGACCCUUGGGGAGGACCCGAGGACGAAGUCAAGGCGUUGGCAGGGGCUUUUUCGUACUAA